AACAAUAAACUGAACAAAGUAGAAGAAGACUACUUUGUUCAGUUUAUUAGCGGGUUGCAACCAACGUAAAGGUGCACGGUUUGUACACGAUGCACACAAGCUCUCGUCCAAGGGUGCGCUGUAGCAUCAUUACUUGCGGAAGCAUCGCUGCAAAGCAGCAGUUACUGCUGAGUAUCGCUGAUGUCAUCACGUGCCCCUUGAACUUUCCCUUCCCUCAAGAAUUCCAGGAUGAGCUGAUUUCGUCCUUGCUCUUCCUCUCUUGUCCUCCUCAGUCAAGUUACCAGAACAACGGAUUUGAAUAAGUGCUUUCCCUAUCACCUUCUUAAGAUCCUGUUGGUUAAGCACUUCUUCUUCUUCUUCUUCUUCUUUGGCUAUCUACUGUGUUGUAAUGUGAAUCAGAGUUAUCUAGGUCAGACUAAAAUCUUUCGUCCAAUCCUGUCUCCUUCAGAUUCCAAUGAUCAAACAGAGUCAGAUCAGGUUUUUUCGAAAACAUGACUGUCAGAGAUCAAAGGCAUCAUGCAGUGGCUACAAUGUGAAGGACAAAUGGAAUGUAAAGGAAAACCUUUGUGGGCAAUUAUUAAAGUCUAGAAUGUCGGACCCCUCCUUUAUACCUGUGAAAUACAGGUGAGCUUUGAUGGAAUAGCACCUUCAUGUUGGUUGCCACCCGCUAACAAACCUCAAAAAAGAAGAAGGCAUUUUGAAGCAGAAAAACACAUUUGGGUACAAACCUGCAUUCACUUUUUGGCCAGAGGGAAAAGGUAUUUUUAAAAUAAAUGAUUUCAAACAUCCAUAAGCUGCUCCUACAGACAGGACUGACUAUUAACUCGGGCCAUAUGGAUGAUGGGGGGGAAAAAAAGAUAAUUUCUUACUUUAUUUUUUUGAAACCCAUCCAUAGAUCUUGUUAGUUACAGUCUCAUUUCCAAAUAUUGCCUAAACAUGAAUAAUAGACAUAGCAAAUAUAUAUACAAAUCGGAGACAAUACUAUAGUAUUGCCUACGAUCACCAUACUGUCAUGUCUGACUAUGCAAUUAACUUCUAUGGCCUCAAUUGUGAUCAUUCGGUUCCAAUAAACGUCAAGUAUAAAUCAUGUUGUUUAACAGGUUGUAGAGCUGAAGAAACAAAGAAUACGAACACAGUGAAAAGUUUAUUUGGAGCGAUGUCUUGGUACUGGAACAGCCACGGAUUACCGUUCUUACCUGGAAACACUUUUCGAGAUGUCACGAAGUCUGCCUUCCAUCGAGCACAGACUCUCCACUACAAGAACGGCUUCCCUCUGCCCCAUCGCCCCGGUGAUGACAUCGGACAGGAUCCUCUUCGGUCAGAGCAGCUGAUCCAGCAGAAGAUCAACAAGUUGACCUUGAUGACACCGGACGUGAGGUUUGGAUCCCUUUACCAGAUCCCACCUGAAGGGUUUGUACCAUCUCACGUGGCCUUAGACAAGAAGGUGCUGCGCUUCUAUGCACACUUUAAGGAGGACGUCCUGUUUUCACCUGACGAGGUGUACCGCGUGCGCCCUGUGAUGAUAUACUACUACCUAGAGGAUGACAGCAUGCUCCUCUAUGAGCCCAGAGUGAAGAACUCUGGGUUACUGCAGGGGAAACGGCUGAAACGGCAGCGUGUGCCCAAGAAUGAACGUGGAGACCAUUACCAUUAUAAAGACCUCAACCUUGGCAUAGACCUGGCUGUGUAUGGGGUCAAGUACCGCAUCACACACUGUGAUGAGUUUACAAAGGAAUUCUUUGAAAGUGAGGGAAUUGCUUUGAACGACCCUCAGCCGAUGCAAGUUGACCCUUACACCAAAGGACAAAUAAUCCCUCAGCCUUGCCACAUCACGCCCUCAGAAUUCGACCCCACACACCAGUUUCUCACUAUGGACGGCAAGGUGCUGUGUUUCUUCGCCCUGUGGGAUGACCAUCACCGUCUGUACAGGGAAACCAGGACCGUUAUCAUCCACUAUUACCUUGCAGACGACACAGUGGAGAUCAGAGAGGUCCAUGAACAAAACAGCGGUCGUGAUCCCUUCCCGGUCGUGAUGCACCGACAGAGGCUGCCCAAGCAACUCAAACCACGGCCCUUCCCCAGCUGUGUGCUGGAGGUCUCAAAGCAUGAGGUGGACGAGUACUUCUCACCCAAAGACUUCCAGGUGGGUCAAACAGUGAAGCUGCUGGCCCGUUCCUUCUUGCUCUAUGACUGCGAUGGCUUCACUAAAGAGUAUUUCCAGACCAACCACCCUGACAUGGAGAUGAAACCCAUUAAAGUACCAAAGAAGGUUGACAUGUAUCACAACAGGAAGAGGUACGUUCCUCCCUACAAUGGCUUUGGUUCACUUGAAGAUUCUCUCCAGAAUUGUUUGUCUCUGGUUCCCAAGCCUCCGAGGAAGAAUGUGAUGAAGAUGCUGGAGAACAACCUCAAAGAGUUGCGCUACAGUGCCACACUGAAGUCAAAGUAUCCCGUAGACGAAUCCCGGUGUUUCAUUCUGACCUACUACCUGUCCAACGACAUGAUCAGCAUUUAUGAGAAGCCCGCUCGCAACUCAGGUAUGAUCAGUGGCAAGUUCCUGGAAAAGACACGCAUCCCCAAGCCGGGCUCUAAUCUGGAGAAUCUGGAGUUCUACUCACCUGCAGACUUUGCUAUUGGAGCCACUGUGGAGGUUUUCGGCCACCGCUUUCUGCUGACCGAUGCCGACCAAUACGUCCUUACAUACCUGGAGUCCAUAUCAAGCCAGAUCCCUUCUCAGACGCUGGACUCUGUGCGUCAGAAGCUGGGUGAAGGGGCAGCGAAUAACCAGCCAGGUGACCAAGAUGGUUAAACAGUCAGCUAAUCAUUUCUAUUAUUAUUUGUCUGAGCGUCAAG